UUCCUUAUGAAACUAGUUAAGAACUGCACUUAUAAUUUGAAAGUCUUUAAUUGUUGGAGUAAGGUUACCUUCUGUCAUUGUACAAAACACUUUCCAUUGUUUAAACUGACUUUCAUCAGCAAAACGUAAGGAACGAUAAUCUCAACUCUUCCCUCAUCCCGUGCACGUCGGACAGAGGAUGCACUGACACGCCAGCUCUUGUUGUUUGGGCUUAUAGGUUUGAUGUGUUUGAGCCUGCACGUUGCCUCCUAGUGAAAGGAAUAGGGAUGCUCAGAAAUUGGCACCCUUUUCUAUUAGUGGUCAUUUUACUAUUUCUGUAUCAGGUUUCCCUCGCCCAUCAAGAAUGAAGUGACUUCAAUCUCUGCGCAGAGAACAGUGUCAAGAGGAGCUGAAAGCGUGACAAUAACUGUUUCCUUUCACUGUAUUGCCCUUUCCCAUUUGUGGGAGAAGAGCCAUGAAGAACCGUUCCUCAUCUCCCCCUUUGCACGUCCAUGUGGAUGAAAACACCCCUGUCCAUGUCCAUAUUAAAAAGGGUCAGAAAACAACACCUGCAAAAUGCCAGCAAAAGCACAAACAGAAAACAAAAGGGGAUACUGUGAGCAUGCGCCGAAAUGUCCGGGUGAAAACCAAGGCCCCCUGGGUGCCCCCAGGCAAAACAUCUGUCCGGGAGUCCACCUACAAAUGGGAGGGACCAACUCACCGCCUAGAAAUUACACCUUCAGAUUCAGAAAAACUGUUGUCAGUAUUGCGCCUGAGUGACCUCUCUACAGAUGAGGAGGAUGCUGUUUACAGCAAAAUGAAUGAAUAUGAAAAGAAGAUAGAUAGCUUGAUGAAUGUGGUGGGAACGCUGAAGAAUGAGGCCAAGAAGCAGAAACAGGAGGAACAACAGCAACUGACAAAGCGUCUCCUUGAAGAGCAGAAAGAAGAACUGAAUGAGGUCACUCAAGAACUGGUGGAAACAGAACAUGAGAACACGCUGCUCAGACGCAAUAUUGAGCGCAUGAAAGAGGAGAAAGAUCUGACUGCGCUACAGAAAAGGUGCUUGCAGCGUGAGAAGGAGUGUCUGAUGUCCAAGCUGAGUGAAGCAGAGAGGGAUGGAGCAGCUGCAGCCAAACAAAUCCACGCUCUGAAAGAUGCAAUUGGGAAACUCAGCAUUGAGAAACACAUGAGCAGCUCAGAUAUUAACACGCUGACAAGACAAAAAGAGCUGCUGCUACAGAAACUGAGCACCUUUGAAGAAACCAACCGGACACUCCGAGAACUUCUUAAAGAGCAGCAAAACCGGGAGAAGGAUGCUCAGAAGAUAUUGGAGCAGCAGGGAACGCUGUUGAAAAGGCUGGCUGACUCAGAUGCAGAGAAAGUGCAACUCCAGGUGAUGCUUCAGGAGAAAGAAAAAGAGGUGGAUGACCUUACCGUUCAGAUACAGACAGAGAAGGACCAGGCAAAGACAGCAUGUGAACUCUCCAAAUCUAUGGAGGCUGUGAGAGGCCAUUUACAAGCACAGCUGCGAAAUAAAGAAGCUGAAAACAACCGUCUGACUAUCCAGAUCCGGAAUCUGGAGCGCAAUGGAGCUCAGCAUAAGGUAGAGGUGGAACAUAUCAUGGAGCAACUGAAAGAGGUAAGGCAGAAGGCAGACCGUGAUAAGGAGGCCCUGAAGAAAGCUAUCCGUGCACAGAAAGACCGGGCAGAGCGGAGUGAGGAGUACGCAGAGCAAUUGAAUGUCCAGCUAGCAGAAAAGGACAGUUAUGUUGCUGAGGCGCUGUCUACUCUAGAGUCCUGGAGGAGUCGCUACAACAAAGUAGUGAAGGACAAGAGUGACCUUGAACUGGAAAUUAUUAUGCUGAACAGCCGUAUUACAGACUUGCUGGAAGAGCAGAAAACCCUGGAGGACAAGAUGCGAGAGGAGAGAGAUGUUUUGGUGGAUAAAUUGCAUCGACAGACCACAGAGACCACUUCUUUCAAAAUGGAGAAUGAAAGGCUAAAGGCUAGUGUGGUCCCAAUGGAAGAAAAGCUGAACCAAGCACACAUGGAAGUGCAGCAGCUCAAGAGCUCGCUCAGGAAUUAUGAAGGGUUGAUUGAAACCUACAAGUCACAGGUGUUGAAGAACCGAAUGGAAGCAGAUGAUGUGACAGCAAAACUGGAGAUCUGUGAUAAAGAAAACAAGACACUAAAGAAUGAAAUGAACAAAGAGAUUGAACUGGCUCGUCAGCAGUUCCAGAGCCAGCUUGCUGAGCUAGAAAAGCUCCCCGAGAUCCUGAAGAUCACAGAGACACGGCUGGCAGAAUGUCAGGACCAGCUUCAGAGUUACGAGAAGAAGAAUGCGGACCUGUCUGUAAUGAUUACAGAUCUACGUCAGAGGAUUGAGCUCCAGGGGGACAAAAUGGAGAUGACAAGAGAGAGGUAUCAAUCUGCCCAGGAGGAGAAUAAGCAGCUCACCUUGAAGGUGGAGGAGCUGGAAAGAAAACUACAGACAACGAGUGCCCAGAACAUAGAAUUCCUUCAGGUCAUAGCAAAACGUGAGGAGUCGAUCCACCAGUGUCAGCUUCGGUUAGAGGAGAAGACCCGUGAAUGUAGCUCCUUGGCACGUCAGCUGGAGAUGGCCAUUGAGGAUGCCAAAAGACAAGUGGAACAAACACGAGAACGAGCAGCAUCUAGAGAGAAGGCAGCCCAGUCCAAGAUGUUGGAUUUGGAGACCCAGCUGAGUAAGACUAAAACAGAGCUGAACCAGUUGCGUCGGAGCAAAGAUGAUGCAGAGCGUCGGUAUGAAAGCCGCCUGCAGGAUUUAAAGGAUCGGCUGGAGCAGUCAGAGAGCACCAACCGCAGCAUGCAAAACUAUGUCCAGUUCCUCAAGUCUUCCUAUGCCAAUGUUUUUGGAGAAAGUGCCUUGCUGAGCUCCUCCACCCGCUCUCGUUCCUCUCCAUGAGGACAAUGCUCUCCCUGCCUCGCUGCUAUUAAGUACAAACGGAGCCCUAUUUAUUUCAAAGCCAUAUCUUAUCCGGAAAAUUGGAUGGCGUUUCAGGGUCAUUGUAGGGAGAAAUUUCCAUCUUUUCCUUGCACCCUGAGAGGGUAAAAUGGUGGUGGCAUAUGCCUUAAGUGUAGGGUAUCAGCAAUACUGGUUUGGUAUUGGACGUUGGCCUCACGCCAUAAACUACGCCCCAAAACCAGAUGGUUUUGGAUAUGUAGGAAACGGUCAUUUUCAUCGCCUAAGGGCCUUUGGUUUCCGCUCUUAAAACCUGGCGGUUGUUGUAGUUGAACAUGUUAAUGUUUUUUAGAGGUCUUUUUCUUUUCAUGCAUCUUUCUUCAUUCUCUUUGUGUAUUGGGGAGAUCAUGUUUCUGUGUUUUGGGUUUUUUUUUUUUGUAAUUUGUAACUUUUUUUACUGUUGCACAUUGCAUUGAUACAAGGGAUGGUGGGAGAGGGUCCACCCACUGGAAGUGUGAGGCCGAAAAUAACUUAAGUGCCUGGGCUUUACACUUCUAAAAUAUUAUCCCCUGCACAAGCACCGUGUUUGUAGACGGUUUUAUACCAGAGGCAAUGAACGUUAUUUGCACUUGAUUUUGUAUACUCUAAUCCUCAACUUUUGUCCCGAGUGUGAUCUUAAUGCAUAGUCAAGCUUCUAACUUGCUUUAUUCCCUCCAAGCCAAUUUCCUGAUGCCGAAUAUCCCCAGGACAGAUAGCCAAAGCUCUCUGAAUUCAAAGGAAAGGUAAAGGUUUUGGUUUAAUCUCAGCAGGACUUGAACUGGGGUCUCAGCGUGAUACCAUGGGACUUGGGAGCGUGUGGGAGACGCUGGCUUGGUCUUAAGCCAGUUUAAGCACACCUUUAUUUCUGCUUGACUCCUUCAUUGCACCAGGCUGCACCUUCUCCAGGGAAAUCAGGUCUUUAGCGUGUCGCGUCCCUAAAACUCGGGGGCUCCCCAGCGCCCUGUUCCUUAUGGUAAACGGUUCGUAGAGGGAGAAAAAUAAAUGUAAUUGUUUCUAUUUUCA